AGAUGUAAAGUAGGUAAGUACCUACCAAUGGUUUGGUAGGCGCCAUGCACCUACAAGGAUGUGGUGCAAUUUAGAACAAACAAGCAAAUAACUAAAAUGUUGUUAUAGAAGUUUUUCCUGAGCAAACUAUUUUAUUUUAUCUAAAUAGUGCAAGCAUUUACCUGGUGCCUUGUAGGCAUCUAACAUUUGUAAUGAUUUGAUUUACUUUGGUAAUGACGUGAAGUUUGACGCCAGCGGUCUUUAAUUAAUGAGUGUAAAAUUAUAAAUUGCACACUUGAAGUGCUAAGUAGCAGCUUCUGCGAAGGGUUUCCAUCACUUGUAGGUAUAUUUACACGUCAGUCGCACCUGAAGAUCAGGCAACUGCGACCGACUGCGCGGAAUAUGUAUACUCUACUCGGAUUCGUGUCAGCGGCGGUACUGGUGGUGGCUCGGAGCGAGCUGUGCCUGCAGGGCGGCUUCGAGUCGCAGCUGCAGCAGGUGCUGGACGCCUACAUGCUGCGGCCGCAGCUGGAGUCCUGCAUCAUCACCACCGUGGCGGACGAUGUCUUGCGCACGCUCAGCCCACGCUGGCAAGGAAUAGAGAUGAUCCCGUACGGGUCCCUUGUGACCGGGCUGGGCACACACUUAAGUGACCUGGACUUCAGCGUCACCAUGCCCAACUACAACUCGUCGAGAGACGCCGAAUGGGACAUGUUACACGAGAUCAACGAGCUCGUCAUGCAGCAGCCUGACCUGUAUUCUGAGAUAAACUACUCCACGAAAGCCGUUUUUGCACGUUACUCGUUCAAUCACAGCACGACACACCGAAAAGUUGACCUCGUAUUCAGAUUAGGUGACAAUGGGGUACAGAAUAGCAAAGUUAUAAAAUACUAUUUCCACUUAGAUGACAGAUUUCUACCUUUGGGGGUACUUCUUAAAUUGGCUUUCGAAAUUCACGAUCUGAUCGGGCCGGGUGUGUUAAAAAAUUAUGCUCUAUACUUGUUGGUGAUAUUUUUCUUACAACAAAAAAACAUGGCGCCUGCCGGUUUCGAGUUACAAAGAGACGCGGAGAGUUACUACGUGGGCGAGUGGGACACGGGCUUCGACGAGCUGCCCUACAGCAUCAACAACACUGAGAGCGUGUUGCAACUGCUGGGGGGCUUCUUCCAGUACUACAGCCAAUUCGACUUUCAAAGUUAUGUCGUGUCAACUUUUGCCGGACGUCCUAUUCUGAAAAAUGAUUUCAUGAGUAUCGAUACCUUUCCUGAAGAAUUUACAAUAUACAAAAACAAUUCGAAACUUGACCUGCAACUUAAAAUAAAAAAUACCUUGAGCCCAAACGCAAAAAUUUGUAUCCUGGAUACGUAUGUUCAUGAACUGAUAACAGUCGAAGAUACUGAGAGGAUUAAGACGUUUCUGAAGUCAGCUGCCGCGUGGUUCGAAGACCUACCCGCAGACCGAUUCCUCAGCGCCAUACUGAGUAAACAGCAAGACAGUGACACACAGAGCAGCUCUGAGCAAAAUUGCAUCGACAUACCGGACUCCGGAGAUACUGCAACAUUACGUCUCACAUGCUCAAAGUAAAUGAACCUACCUCUAUAUCUGU